AUGGUUACCGUUUCGUCAGACAAAAGAAAAAGUGAAAAAAAUUGCUACAGGUUUUUGUGCAUAGCCUGUAUUGGUUGUUUAUACUGUGACAAUGCUUUUGACUACUGGGGAAAAGGCACAAUGGUUACCGUUUCAUCAGCCACAGCAACUGCCCCGACGUUGUUCCCUUUGGCACAAUGUGGUUCCGGGACCAGAAAUAUGCUGACUCUGGGUUGUAUGGCCACUGGCUUCACGCCGCCUUCCAUCACCUUUAAAUGGAAAGACUCCACCGAGACUGCCCUGACUGAUUACAUCCAAUACCCCUCAGUCCAGAGCAAUGGAAUGUACAUGGGAGUUAGUCAGCUUAGCAUAAAGAAAGCGGACUGGGAUACGAAGGAUUUCGUAUGUGCUGUGGAACAUUCAGCUGGUAACAAGGAAGUGACAAUUCGGAAACCAGUUCCGCCUCCACCCAUCUCCCCAUCUCUUUAUGUAAUGACCCCUUCAAAGGAGGAGAUGAGAGACAAUCAAACAGCUUCCUUCGCCUGCUUAGCAAGUGGCUUUUCACCCAAAGAAUAUAAGAUUACUUGGCUGAAAAACAAUAAGCCAAUAAUCGAGGAAGUCACGGACUUCUGUCAGGAUGAACAAAAGGGACAGGGAACCACCUUGUACAGUGCAACCAGUUUCUUAAAAGUCAACGAAUCAGAUUGGACGGAUCUUUCAGAGUACACCUGCCAGUUUGAACACAUAACUGGGACGCAGACCAAGACUGUGAAGUAUGAAAAGGGUGAUGGGUGUGUCGUAUAUGACUUGGAAUUCAAUUUCAAUGAGCCAACUUCAGAGAACAUCUUCUUGGAGGAAGUGUUUCCCAUUACGUGUGAGGUCAAAGCAAAGGAAAAAGGGUUCACCAGCAUCAAAUGGAUGAAAGAAGAUAAGUCUGUAAUCUAUGAGGACAGGGGUGAACACCUUAAGAACACUUUUACAGUCUCUGCCCAGAUUACAAUAACUAAAAAUGAGUGGAAUAAGGGGACACCGUUCAUCUGUAGUGUGGAGCACAAAGAUCAUCUAGGUUCAGAGCAGAAAACAUACCAGAGGAAUAAUGGGGAAGAACAAAAGCAUCCAGCUGUGUUUCUGCUGUCUCCUGCAGAAGAUGUUAGACGUAAUAUGGUGACUCUGACUUGCUACGUCAAAGAUUUCUACCCCAAAGAGGUUUUAGUUGCGUGGCUUGUUGACGAUGAACUAGUCCAAAUGGAUUCACAAAAGUACAAACACAUUAGCUCUAGUACUAUUGAAACAGGAAAGACCUACUACUCUAUCUAUAGUCAGCUCACAAUGAGCAUGGAUGAUUGGAAGGUGGAUGGUGUGUUUUACAGCUGUGCUGUAUACCAUGAAACCAUUCCGAAAACCACAAAAAUGGUGGUCAGAACCGUUGACAGAACCUCAAACGAACCCAACCUUGUCAAUCUUAGCUUGAAUGUCCCAUGCUGCAAGCCCUAUUUACAAUCUGACUUUUGUUUACUUAUAAUCUUGUUAAUCUACCAAAUCAUAAAAAUUCCCAAUGAUUCAUCUUUGCACUACAUUUUCUCCCUUAAUGUAAUAUCCACUUCAGUGCUGCGGGUCACUCCUCCAAAAAUCGACCUGCACCAUUUCUGGGAGGGUAAAUCAAAGGUGGGAUUCCACUGCACUCUGAGAGAAUUCUACCCUGACAAUCUAAGUGUGGAAUGGCUGGUGGACGGCAAAUCUUCCACUAUCCAGAGUGUCCAAAUAAAGGAGCAGAACACAGUAGGUGAAAAAACAUUCACCCUGAGCAGCCAGAUGGUGAUGAAUCAAUGGACUGAAGGUUCAGAAGUCACAUGCAAGGCUACGAACAAUGAACAAUCAUACAAUGAGACCAUCAAGAUUUGCUCAGUUUCGUCUAUUCCAUCCAUCAACCUGGAGAUCCCCAGACUUAGGGCAGUAAUGACGAAGGGGGAAGUGUACGUUUCAUGUCAGGUCCAAUGUCCAUUUGAAAAUGUCAAAAUAUCCUGGUUUUUGAAUGGAAAUAUCCUAAACGAGAAGUCCAAAGUGGAAAAAUCGAAUGAGACCAUCAUCAGCAACCUGACCCUUUCCUCAGACCACUGGAAAACCCUAAACAACAUUACUUGUAGAGUAGAACAUCCCUGCUUCACCGCCAAAGAGAAAACCAGCCAACUUAAAGGAGCUACACUGAACAAGCCAUCAGUGAUGAUCAGGAGGUCUCUCCCAGACCUACUGACAAGGGACAGUGCUCUACUGGAGUGUGUCAUCACAAAUCUUUCUUCCAGUGAUUUCUAUGUCACCUUUCAGGCCAAUGGGGUCAAUAUCUCUAAAGAACAAUAUGUCGAUCUGCCUGCCUCCAAAGACCUCUAUUCCAUCACUAGGCUCUUCUCCGUCCCAAAAUUACAAUGGCAGAAAAAUAUGACUUUCACCUGUAAAGUGAACCAAGGGUUCUUACACAGCUGGGAAUCCAACUCCACAGGAAGUUUUUUUGAAGACCCAUCCAUGGAGCUCUAUCUAGUCCCCAAUAGGUCAGACUCAAAGACCCAGAGACUUGUGUGUUCGGGAUUGGGCUUCAACCCUCAGAUCAAAUGGCUCUCUGAGUCUGUACAGAUAUCUGCACCUGUUAAUGACAUUAGGAUAGGAGAAGACGGACGUGUGGCAGUAACCAGUUUCAUCACUAUACAACAGCAGGAGUGGAACGAUGGGAAGAAUUUCACCUGUGAAGUCAUCGACAACAUGAACACCAUCAGAAAGUACAUUGAUAUCUGUGCAGUGACUCCAAAAUCAUCUCAGAAAGUGGGGGUUUACUUACAGGGACCAGCUCUUCAGGAGCUAAAGACAGGUGGACAUGGGACUGUUACCUGCAUACUGUUGGGUCCCAACCUUGGGGAGUUUUCUGUCAGCUGUAAGGUGGGUGAGAAUGAGUCUCUUCCAAAAAGGGUCACACAGGAACCCAUCAACCAUCCAAAUGGGACACAGAGUUUAAAGGUGGUGUUUAACGUGUCUGCAACGACUUGGCAAGCAAACACAACUGUGUCAUGUGAGGUGAGGCACCGCUGCUCCGACCAAACCCAGGAUGUGAAUAUCACGAAAGGCCCUGAUCCAAAGCCACCCUCUAUAAAGCUACUGAGACCAUCAGAAUCUGAUCUAUUGGAGUCAGAAAAUGUGACAUUGCUGUGCUUAGUCUCUGGAUUCUUCCCCUCUGAUGUAAUAGUGAAAUGGAAGCAUGACGGCAGUGACUUACCUUCAUCUCGCUACUCCAAUGGCCCUUCAGUCCAGUAUGCAGGGAGCAGCACCUACUACAUGAACAGCAGACUCGUUGUUCCCAAGGCCGAGUCGUAUCAGAACUCCAAUUACUCCUGUGUUGUCAGGCACGAGUCAUCCGACACACCUAUCGAACGCACCAUAGACCAGGUUUUUGCCUCGGUGAUUCCCUCCCGGCCAACAGCAACCCUGCUCCAAGGUAGCAAUGAGCUAGUCUGCCUAGUUUUUGGCUUUAGCCCUUCUGCAAUCAACAUCACCUGGCUGCUGGAUGACUCCACAGAGCUGUCGGACCAUAACACAAGCACUCCGUACUGGUCCCCAGGGGGAAAGUACAGUGUCUGGAGCACCCUGAGACUGACAAACCAGGACUGGCAAGUGGGAAGUGUUUACACCUGCAGGGUGACCCACUCAACUCAGAACCUGACCGUAAACAUAUUCACAUCAGUAGAGAAUCAUAAAGAGGUUGUGUUCUUUGACGAGAACAAGAACAACCCCAUCCUGGCUGACACUGCAGAGGAGAACUGGAAUAUGGCCUGUAUCUUCAUCAUUCUCUUUCUCAUUUCCCUACUCUACAGCGUCACAAUCACUCUGGCAAAGGCACAAUGAUGACAUCCGGAUGAGUUCGAUCUGAUGAAUCCAAACUGCAAAACACUUCCUUACAAACCUGUUCUUUAAUCCAGAAAAACAGAUGGUGGUUUGCUUUAUAAUACUUGCUCUUACCUUUGGUAAAUACAUAUUUACCAAUAUUUACCAAUAAUAAAUAUUCAAACAAUGAUUAUUUUUUUUAACCAUUAUAGUUUAUGCACAUAAUACCAUCAAUGUCAAAGUAUGUAGGUUUAGACACCAAUUGUUGUUCAUUUGAAACAUUAUUUGAUUAUUAAAAAAAUACUUCUAAG